UUUCAAUAUUACAAACAGACACUCCAAUUUUAUUUAUAUGUAUAGAUUUGUAAAAAUAGUUAACGCGAAAUAUUGAAAUCUUUUUGAUAUCCAAGUUUACGUCACCCCGUCAAUAUCUAUGUUUUAUUGGUAUCAUAUUGAUAAGAUAUUGUAUUUUGCUAUCAGAGAGAGCAGUCAGUUUCAUUGUCGUGACACUCAAGUUUACCGGUUUCAGCGCAUCCAGGUGUAGUGAUGUGACUGUGUUUUCGAUACAAUGCGAGAUUGUGGUGUUCUAAUAUACGAGGGCACGCGUACGCUAUUCCACUGGAUAUGUUCGUGUUUGGGAUUCAUUUUCUUUUGCUGUAAUGGAAAUAAGGUAUCCAACAAAUCGGAGACCCGCCUCAUCACAGUGGGUGAGGUGGACUUCGCAGACAGGAGAAAGCACAACAAGAUCAAAACAUCCAAGUACAGCCUCCUCAUGUUCAUACCGAAGAACCUCUCCGAGCAGUUCCGCAGAGUGGUCAACUUCUACUUCCUCAUUGUCACAGUCAUCGCAAUCGUUAUUGACAGCCCGGUGUCGCCGGUGACGAGCGUGGCGCCCCUCAGCUUCAUGGUGCUGGUGACAGCUGUGAAGCAAGGCUACGAGGACUGGCUGCGGCACAAGGCCGACAACAAGGUCAACAAUCAGAACGUGGAGGUAAUUCAUAAUGGUGUUGCAAAGGAGGUUCGCAACUCUACAAUUGGUCCCGGCACUCUGGUCCGCGUGAAGCGAGGCUGCGAGGUGCCGGCUGAUCUCGUGCUGCUCUGUGCUGCGGGCACUAAGGGCCGAUGCUACGUCACCACUGCUAACUUGGAUGGGGAAACCAAUCUGAAGACCUUGAGGGUGCCGCCGCCCCUGGUCGGGUGUAGUUCAGACAUGUUGCCUCCAGGAAUGAGCAUAACAGUGCCAAAUCCGGAAGCAAAUUUAUAUUCUUUUCAUGGAUCUCUAUCAAUCCCGGGAUACGAACCCAUGGCCCUUUCUACUGACAACCUAAUGCUACGAGGGUCCAGAGUUAAAAACACGGAAUGGGCAAUUGGGUGCGCUGUUUAUACAGGAGAGGAAACGAAAUUAGCGUUAAACUCAAAAUUCACAAGCAACAAGUUCUCAUCUUGCGAGUCGGCGGUGAACGCGUUCCUUGCGUUUUUCAUAUUGCUACUGCUGCUUGAGAUCGCAGCAUCCAUGACCGCCAAGAUACUGAUCGAGAGAAAUAAUCCUGAGCACACGUUGUACUUGGGAGAAUAUGUGGAUUAUUCAAAAGUGAAGCUCGUGUUGCAGGAUUUGUUUUCGUUCCUUUUGCUGUACUAUUACAUCAUACCGAUGUCUUUAUAUGUCACUAUUGAAUUGUACAAGUUUCUUGGUUCUCUUUAUAUCGGUUGGGAUAAAGAUCUUGAAUGCAGCGAAACUGGUAAUCCAGCUGUAGCCAACACAUCCGACCUGAACGAGGAGUUGGGCCAGGUCGAGGUGCUGUUCUCAGACAAAACCGGCACCCUAACUAAAAACCAGAUGAUUUUCAAAGCGUGCUCUAUCAGAGGGCACAUUUACGAAGAGAGGCAAUCAGUUCUGUAUGACAUGGAAACGUCAGACGAAGCGAAUGUUGCUCAGACAGACAUCAAAUUCUUCUUAACGAUACUCGCUCUCUGUCAUUGCGUGCAAAUAUCUAACGAAAACAUGGCUCAAUUUACCGAUACCGUUACAGCCAAGAACCAACCGAAGGUAAAGUUCUUUGGAGGCAAGAAAAAGACCAAUAAAAACGGAAUCCACAUACAAGAGAGUGUAGAAAUUAAUAAUAUUGAAAGUGAAGAAUUAAAUGAGAAUAAUAAAUUUGAAUAUCAAGGUAGCAGUCCUGAUGAGAAGGCUUUAGUUGAAGCAGCAAGUAGGUUCGGAGUGUCAUUUUGGGGUGAACACGGAAACGACUUGUUGGUAAAGAUUGGUACAGAUAUAGAAAUGUACGAGAAGUUACAAAUAAUAGAGUUCACUUCGGAACGAAGGAGGAUGUCUAUUAUAGUCAGAGACAAAGACGGAAAUAUAUGGUUGUAUUGCAAGGGUGCCGAAAGUGCAAUCCUGCCACUGUGCAAAGACUCUGUCAUAAUCGAAGACGUAAAUAAAGAUAUAGAUUCAUUCGCAAACAGAGGUCUUAGAACAUUGGCUGUCGCGUACAGGAAAAUAUCGCCCGAGGAAUAUGCUGAGGUUGCUGAAUCGGGACAAAAUAUAUCGUCGAGCGCUAGUCACCUGGAACAAGUAACCAAAAGGUUCAGUAAGUUUGAAGCGGAACUGACGCUGGUAGGCGCCACCGCCGUCGAGGAUUGUCUGCAGGACGACGUGGCCGACACGCUGGCCGCUCUCAAGAGAGCCGGCAUCAAGACCUGGGUCCUCACAGGUGAUAAGGUGGAAACAGCCAUAAAUGUUGCCCAAUCCUGCGGGCAUAUAUCCGAAAAUGACAGAAGAAUGUUCCUCAUCGGCGUCACAGCAGAAUCCCUCCAUGAUCAACUCGAUCAAUGUAAACGCAUCACAAAAGAACAAACCUAUAAGGACUUGACGCUAGUGGUGGACGGCACGAGCAUGAGCGUCAUACUCGGUACGCCAUCAGCUCCCAUCUUCGCUGAUAUAUCUGUGAAGUGCGAUGCUGUGCUUUGUUGUAGAUUGUCCCCUAUACAAAAGGCUGAGAUAGUAAAAUUAAUAAAACACAGUCCUUCGCGGCCAAUCACGGCCGCUAUUGGAGAUGGCGCGAACGACAUAUCUAUGAUUCAGGAGGCGCACGUUGGCUUUGGUAUAUUCGGGAAGGAAGGACACCAAGCUGCCAGAUGCGCCGAUUUCGCGUUCACAAAGUUCUCAAUGGUGAAGAAAAUACUCUUAGUACUUGGUCACUGGUACUAUCAAAGAUUAGCGACUCUAAUACAUUUUUUUAAUUAUAAGAAUUUAGUUUUCGGCAAUAUUAUGGUAUUUUUUCAAAUAUACAGUAUGUUCUCAACGCAAUCGAUAUACAACUCUAUGUACCUGACGCUUUAUAAUUUGUUUUUCACAUCGGUCCCGUGCCUAAUUCUCUCGGUCACGGAACAGAGGUGGCCUGCAGCUUUACUACUAGAGAAUCCGACAUUAUACAGAGAGAUCAGUAGGAACAGUCUGAUGACGUGGACCAAUUUCUUCUCGUGGGUCGUAGCCGCGUGUUAUCACUCAGUAAUUAUAUACACGUUCACGUGGCUAGUGUUCAUUGGUUCGGUCAUCAGUGCUGAUGCAAAAACCAUAGAUUUAACGUCAUACGGCGCAGCACUGUUCCACCUGACCAUUGUGGUGGUAAGCCUGAAACUGUGGCUUCAGGCUCGCUACCACACCGCCUUCUUCAUUGCCACCACAUUGCUCUCUAUAGUCGUGUAUGCAGCAUUCGACAUUGUAUAUGCAACAGUACCGCGCAUACCAUCAGACGCGGAUCCACUGGGAACGUACACAAGAUUAUUAUCCUCGCUGACUUUCUGGUUACUGAACAUGCUGGUGGUGGCGGCUUGCCUCGCGCCUGACUUCUGCGCUCGUCUCAUAGCAGACAAAUGGGGCAAACGGCAAUUGCCAAAUUUACAAUUUUUACAAGAAAUCUUUGUGACAAAGCUGUGAAGUGACAACGUGAUUACGUACUGUGAUCUGUGAUAAGUAUAUUUCAUGAGAUAAUAUUUUUAGAGAAUUAUAAUUGUUAUAUAUUUUUUCUCUUUCUCAAUAGGCAGGCAAAGGGCGAUGUAUUACGCCGUUAUAUAUUAAGAUGUAUGACAAUCAUUAGGUAUUUUUUUCUACUUCUGUUAACGUAUUUAUAAGUUUUGAUGAAUGUAAUAACGACCAUUUCUGCAAUUAUAUUAUAGCAGCCAUGUUGGUUGAUGCUCUGAAUAAUUAAAUAAUAAAAGAAGAGAAACAUUACUCUUAAAUCUUUCUAAUAUAAAGUUUUUAAUUAUUUGUAGUCAAUUUAUAUUAAAUAACAUAGUUGUAUAAUAGAUUAAUAAAAAAAUUAAGACGAUGAACUGCAUAACAACAAAAUUAAAGUAGGUAGUGAUGGUAACAAUACAUAAUGAUGAUACAAUAUUCAAAAGUAUAAACUAGUUAAAAUAUAUAUUUUAUCAAAUUAGGUGUCAUUUUGCGGAAGUCUAUUUCACUACUUAAUGGAUUUAUAUAUUUUUUUUAAAUUCCACUACCAUUAAUAUGUGUGAGACCCUUUUGGUAUAUUUACUUUACUCUUUGGUGAGAUCACAUGGUCUGAACUGCCUGCAAAUUCGCGCACGUGUCGCAUUAUGGGUGUAGACUCAUCUCAUUUGAUCAGCAAUGGAGAAGAUAACACUUCCAGUAGCGGUGGUCAGGUUUACGCACUAUAUUUGUGAUCUCACAAAUGCUCAUCGUAACUAAAUAAAAUAAAAUAAUAUAACACAUUGUGGAAUCACCUUCCAGCAGUGGUAUUUCCGAACCGAUACGAUAUUGAAACCUUUAAGAAAAGAGUUUAUUCCUUUUUAAAAGGCCGAAAACGUACUUGCAAUUCCUCUGGUGUUGCGGGUGCUCAUGGGCGGCAGUAAUCACUUACCAUCAGGUGAGCCGCAAGCUCGUUUGUCCACUGUGUUAUAACAAAAUAUAACUAAAACAUCUAUAAUCUUCAGUAUGCACAUAUUCGCGCCCAAAUCAUUUUGAGAAUCAAUCAAAAUCAUAAACAAUGCCGCGUAUUUAUGAAUCCCGACUAAAUACUCUAUUCUUGAAAAAAGUAUUUAAUAAUUAUUAUAUUUUUCUCAUUCAUAUAAUUGAAUAGUGCCUUUACUCCUAAGUAAUAUUCCAUUUUCAACAUUUUUUUAAAUUAUACUUUGUACAAAAUUCAUGCGUCCACUUCAUGCGUUGUUUUGUCCAAAUGUCUUAUGAUAAAAUAAAUGUUACAGAUAAAAAUGAUUUUUUAAAUAAUGGUAAUAUACAUAUAUGUCGAUGGCUUUGGUGGUCUUGUGGUUUAGUACACCGCCUUACUUCCGACGUUUAUGGGUUCGAUUCCUCGCACAGUACAAACAUUUGUAUUCAAGUAUGUUUGAUUGCUUGUAUUGGUUAUGUAUGUAAUUAGAAAAAAGAACAUUAUUUUUUCUAAUUACAUAUUCACUAAUCUUUAUAAAACAACUGUCUUAAUUAUCGUUUGAAAGAAUUAGACUGGGUGGAAAUUGGUUACCUUAUAUUGAAUUUAAAUAAAUGUAAUUUAUUAUAAUUCCCUAACUUAGGUAUUUAACUUAACCUAGGAAGUAAGGCUAUGUGCUAAACCUGGUGCUUUAUUCGAUUUAUGUAGGAUCUAAUAGGCUGAUUAUAAUCGGCC